AACGUCGGCAAUGAGUACGGGCAGGUGCUCAUGUCUGUCCUCACCGCAGCUGAGGGGGGCGGACUUGUCGACAUGGCGGCCGGACUGAUGCGGCGGUACCGCGAAGCCAGGAAGGCCCCUCCAAGGGUCCUGUACGUGGACCGGGACUGCUGUGCCACCGUGGGACAGUGUCAAACGUCCAAGCUGUUCCACGAGUGGCACGAGCUGGUCGUCAGGCUCGACGUGUGGCACCUCAUGCGGCGUUUCGCCAGAGGGGUGACCACUGACAGCCACCAGCUCUACGGCCUCUUCAUGGCGAGGCUCUCCUUCGCCAUUUUUGAGUGGGACGCCGAAGACGUGUCCCGCCUGAGAGGAGCCAAGCAGUCCGAGGAGGGGAGGGACGCCCAGGAGGUCAAGCUGUCCGCCAAGGAGCUCGCCCGUCACUGCCGGCGCCGCACCAGGGGUGCAGUGGAGACGGAGCGGCUGGUCCAAGAGGUGCUGGACACCUUCUGGCACGUGACGGACAGCAUGGGCGUCCCUUUGAUCGACCGCGCCCGAAUGGAGGAGAUCUGGAGCACGCAGCGCCGACACCUCGACUGCAUUCAGGACCCUGCGGGAGUGGACCUCUACACCAAGACGGGAGAGCUCACCAAAGGCGGGGUGAGGCUCCCCGUCUACCGGUGCGGCCGAGGCUCCACUUCCCUGGAAUCGUGCACCUGUGCCGCUUCAUCCCAGGCCAAUCUGCAAGUGAUGUACACUUCCAGGUGUACCUGCUGGAGGGCCUGGUGCGGUGGAACGAGAAUCGAGGCAGGGCGGCAGUCGAGGGAGGACAGAGGUCGGCGCUGCGUUGCUACAGUGCCCAGCUGCAGCACAGCUUCGACCAGCUGACCCAAGAGCUUCUUGGGCGCACGCUGGUCGACAUGUACACCAUGCCCAGGGAGUACACAGGUGGAACUGCGCCACCACCGCUACGUCACUCCCAGGCAAGCCAGAGAGGUCACCGCUCUCUGGCUGAAGUUGAGUGACUGGGACAAGGCGGCGGUCAAAUUCCCCCCCCGUCACCAGGACCGGCUCGUCCAGGGCCGAUUCAGGACCAGCCAGCGGCACGCUCACACGCCAGGGGUGGCUAGUGUGAAGCGUGCGGUCCUGGGCAAGGGGGCGGGAGCGGCGCAGUCUCCCGAUGUGUCAAGGCUUGUGGAGGCUGUCCUGCUGGACCUCAGCAUCCUCCACUGCGGCGAGGAGAGGACGAUUGCCGGGGUCCGCCUUCAUCGCUGGAGUGCCGUCAUGAGGGACUAUCAAACAAUUCGAGAGAAUGUUUAUAGUUGUGCAGCCCUCAUGACGAGCACCCGCAUCCAGCUGUAUGAGGUCAAUCAGCGGACCCUGACGCAAUGGGGACUACGACUGCACCUCCUCCUCAUCCUCCUCCAGCUCCUCUCCUCGACAGCUUCAGGCAGCAGAGCCAGUGGCGGGGACCAGCAAGCCCACCCGUUGCACUCUGUACAGGCGCAAAAUUAAAGCGGCAAAAGACAAAAAAGUCCUCCAAAGUAGCAGGGGAAAGCCACAGCACAAGCCUGGGGACCCCUGCUACAUCUGUGACCAAGCAUGCACGGUGGAUGGUGGCCACGCGUACUUCAAGGGCCAAUACUUUUGUGCUGUGAAAGAGGGCCCUGGAGGACGCACAGUGCAAGAGUGGACCAGGGAACAGCU